AUGCUGCCUCCGUUGCCUUUGGUGGACAACAACAAUGAUAAGUUUUGCUCACGAAAGCGUGUGAAUGGAGAUAGUUCUAUUGAAAGCAACACUUUAAAUAGUCAAGAUCUCACUCAACUCAGUCGACCUUCUCCUCGUACAUUCGUUCGUGUGCCUACAUCUAGAACGAGUUGCAAGAAAGAAGGCGAAAGCGAGCAAAAACGUUCUUUAGAUUUGACGAAUAUCUCUAGAAUUCCCCGUGAUUUUUUUGUUGUGGAGACCAAUGCCGUUCUUUUUCCUCCGGACUACCCACCAGGCCAGUACCAAUCUACUCUUAAUAAGGAAGGACAAUGGGAGACAAUUGUGUUUCCAGCUCUGACACCACGUAAUCGUCAGCAAGUGCUAUACCUUCGAAAAACAUUGGAUAGGAUGCGUGCUACCAUGCCACAAUUUCUUCAACAACAUUCGAGUGUUGGAUGUGAAAUAGAUAAGACAGUAGUAUCAGAGCGAAUGCGCUUGAUAAUCGAAUACACGAGCCAAGAGUCUAAUAUCUAUUCGACCUGCUUUCAUGAACUAGCACGGCAAAUAAGGUUUAUAUGCAAAGAGCAAAGUGAACUGUUGUAUGAGAUUCGCAACGGUUACGAUGCAGCUGUCGCUCGUCUUAUUGAUCAGCUUUCGAUUAAAAAUCAUGAGACCGACCUACAGCAAGAUCGAUUUGAUAAGCUGAAGAUAGAGUGUGCUCGGUUAGAAAAGGAAAAGGAGCAGCUUUCUCAGCACAUUAAAGUGUUAGAAGACCGACAAAACACGGGGCUUUCUGCUACUGCAGCACCCGAAGCAUUUUGGUCGCUUGAUAUGGGGAGUUAUAGCGAUUUCAACGAUGAUGAAGAAGAGUGGAGAUGGCAGCGUGCUUCUGCAUCUGUGAGCAAACGAAUUUUCUCCUCAAAGCACAAAUAUUCUGCGAGCGAGAAAUUUCUUGCAGCAAGACGCGUGCAAGUUGCAUUUCGGAGGUUUCAAGCCUACAAAGAGAAAUCCCGUGAUAAUAGUCAGAUGAAAAAGCAGGCAGCAGCAAAAUCUAUCCAAAAAAUUUAUCGAGGCUUUCGCGAUCGACGACUGGCAAUACAUCACAGAGCCAUUAUGCGAACGGUCAUUCGUCGACGAAAAGAGAGUGCAGCAGUUGAGGUAAUGCAAGCCAAUGUCCGCGCCUUCUUGCUUUAUCGGCGCCGCAAUGAUAAGUCGAAAAAAGUUUUCGAGCUCACAGGUAAUUACGAACAAGCACCUGUCGACACACGAGUCCUCCCUGCUAUCGAUCCAUUAAUGUCUGAAAUUAUGGCACUUUCAACCACUGAUAACAAUGAUGACAAGAGUCAAGCUGAACAAGCAGCAAAAAAUGAUAUCAAGCUGAACUCAAGACAAACGCUCGUACACUUGCUUUCAAGGUUUCGAAAGCUAGCGUCCAUCAUAAUUGCAUUUAAUCGUGGAAUAACAUCAGGCACAUCUAAAGCUGAAAAUGUUGAUAUUACUGAGACCAUCGAUGAUGCUGGUACUUGUCCAACUAGCGAGACGCUGGUGGCAGAAUAUAAUGAUGAGGACCUAAAUAUUUUUCAACGAACAGUAAAAGAAGCUAAGGCACUGUUGAUCUCGCUUGAUAUGGUUUUGAGACCUACAUCAGAGGGGAUUGACAAGCAUAGCGUAUCGGAGGACGACGUCAAUGAUUUAGUGGAUUGGAAUGGUACAGCUUCAAUCGGAUGGGCGAAGGACAUUGAACAAAACGAUAGUAAAGUGGAUCAGAAAACGUAUCUAGUUCCUAAAUUUGGUAAGCGCGCUGUCCUUUUUGGUGCUGAAGAUGCUUUGCGAUCGCAAAAGUACGAAGAACUUCAACUAAAUAAAACAUUAUGGCACUCAGCCAAAUGCUAUCUCGCUUCAAAAAAUGAUACAGAUUCGUAUUUGACGUCCACACUGGCAUCACAUGACCAGGCCAAGAGACUUUUGUCGCUUAAGCGCUUUAUUACAAACAUGUACGACAUGAUCGUGACAAAAUUAAAAGAGUUGUCUAAGUCGCGCCUAAGUGAAUUGCUGGCUUCUCACUGCCAUCUCGCAUUAUCCUUCAGUGAGUGGCGUCAACAGCAAUCCCAGCUUGUUUCAAGAGCUCAAUGUACUGACCAAUCACCAAGUUUUAAUAUGGAGCUGCUAACUCGAGAGCAUUUUCGCUGUCGACUCGGUUUGCCACAACUUGUUGAUACAGCGUUUAUUAACCUUUCUGAAACUAUUGAGUUCUUUGCCGCGAUUGACCCGGAUGUCAAACGUUUCCAGGAUUUUAUGGUGAGCGAACGAUCGGAAGAAGAGCUUGUCUUUUGUUGCUUAUGUCGAUAUUUAUGCACACAUUGUCUGCCAUGUGACGAUUGCCCGGCAGGUUCGGCCACUUCCACGCUUCAUCGCCAGCCGAUGCUUCACUCUGUCACCGCUCGCGAAAUCAUUGAUGUUCCUCACAUUCUGGAGCUUGCUAGAAUAUUGUUUCGAGUCAAUGAUGAGAGGUCUAUUGUAGAAAGCGAUACUUCAAUCACUGAGGUCGAAAAUGUUGUGUAUCGCGAGUAUUUACCGACGAAUGGCUUGCAGCAAUUCGAAGAUAUUGUCUCGUCCAUCUGUAUAGAUCCUGACAGCCGCGUUACUCCAGUCUCGACGAAUGAAGCGGAUGAUUUCACAGAAAAAAGCAGCCAGAAUCUGGAACCUCCUUGUCGACAUCCAAGUGGCUCACUAAUUUGUGGUAAACCAAUUCCGAGGCCGAAGAAUAACCCCCAUGUUUCCCGAAGCACAGUGUUACGUCGUCAGCAUUAUCACGCUUCACCAAGACAAUUCACACUUUCGGCAGAGGUUAAAUGGGUCUUUUAUGAAGAGAUUCUGGCGCUACUUGUUCGAUUUCGCUGUGAAAUGAACCAAUUUUAUUUCGCUUUGUUUUGUCUUAAGGAAUUAUUUCGUCUUGCAGCGGCAAGUAGUACGACUCCGUCGAAGUUGCUCGAUGAAACGGCAUUUGUUGAGACGCUCUUGCCGCUUUCAAAUGGUCUAUCUGAGCGAGAUCUCAGAAACAUUUUCCACAACGUUUUACGCCAACGGGAGCUACGAGUCAUGAUGCCAUUGCGUGUAUUUACAUCAGCAGCUUUGCUACUUAUGCGAAAUGGUCUUUUGAGCAUCUCGACCUACGCCUCAAUACGAAUACAAAGAAAUGAUUCGCCACCUCAAGCAUUUUUGCUACAACAAAAAAAUGAGGACACGAAAUGGCGAGAUCUUGCUCAUCAAUGGCAAAUUCUAGAGUCUUCGUUUGAUGCUAUCGUUGACGCUAUCAACGAUAAGUCACUAGCGCCUCAUUACCUCCAGGUGUAUAAAUCUCUUAUGCUCACAUCUGCCGACAAGACUCGAGCUGAACAUGCAUUACAGCUACUACAGCUCCGAAAAGAAAUUUACGAUUUAUUUGCUAGUCGAUCAGCGAGAGGUCGAGAUCUUGAUCGAGCUUACGAAAUAUACGAAGUAUUUGUAAAUGAACGGCUUGCACAUCAAGGCGUGAUGAGAAUAGUGAAAGGGGAACUAUAG